AUAUAGUAUAUGUGUUUAGUUAGAUUUUGGUUUAUUGUGGGAUAUUUGAAUUUUUUUCAUAAGAUUUAUUUAUUAAUUUGGAGAAACCCUAGAAAGUCAUUUCAUUGGGGAUUUCGCUCAAAUUCCCACCAAAUUCAAACUCUUCUAUUUCACUUUCGUCCGCAAUCUGAGAAGAAAGAAAAUGCCGCUGAAGGUAGUCGACGCCACCGUCUCCGACUUCAGUGCUGUAUUCGACAAAUUCCGAUCAGAACUCCCAAACAAUAAAGCUAAUUUCAUCCUCUUUUUAGCCGACAAAGAUCCUUCUACCUCUCGCAGCUGGUGUCCUGAAAAAGGGAGCUUCAGUUCUAUCCUUCGAACCAGAAAAAGCAUGGUCCAUUCAACGUUGUUUCGAGCUUCUACUUGCCUUCUAUUUCUCGCAGUGUUCUUUGCUUCAGUCUACUGUACUUCUGACCCUGAAGACCAUCGUCUUAUUGUCUCUGAAUCAACUACUAUACAAUUAUCUGGUGGCUUGCCUGUGAAAAAUUCUCCAGGUUCCAGACCUGGAACUGUGGUGGCUUGUGAAAGAGUAUACAUCCAAGGAUUACCAAGGUUUAAAAAUCUUAAGAAGGUUGCACACACAGUGAAAGUAAAGGUUUCAUUGAGAAAUUCAAGUUUUGGGAUGUCAAAUGUUGAGGUUUGUUUUCACAGGAAUAUGUCUCUCGGGAUAGGAAUGUGUCCUCAGAGUCAGUGGGAGAAAGUUGACAGAGGUUCUUGGGUCCAAUCCACGUCACCGUUUGACCACAAGCUUUUAGAUAUUAGAACACGCGGGAUAUCUUUGGAAAGUUUUGAAGUAUCAACUGAAGAAGAAUUCUUUUUGUAUCGCAUAAUCUUUUUAAUCUUGGGUGUGUUGUUGAUGAGUUCAGCCUCUAUACUGAGCAAGUCGUUGGUAUUUUAUUAUGGCAGCGGUAUGGCAAUUGGAAUUCUCCUUAUAGUGUUAAUGAUCCUUUUUCAGGGGAUGAAGCUUCUUCCUACUGGUCGGAAGAGCUCGCUUGUAAUUUUUCUAUACGCAUCUGCUGUUGGUCUUGGAUCUUUUUUCCUCCGUUACAUAUCUGGAUUAUUGUAUCAAAUACUUUUGGAAAUGGGUAUAAGUGAGGACAUGUAUAAUCCUCUAGCAGCAUUUCUGCUGGCUUUUAUUUUUCUGGUUGGAGCAUGGUUGGGCUUUUGGGUAGUCCACAAAUUCAUCCUUGAUGAGGAUGGAUCAAUCAAUACAAGUACAUCACUUUUUGUCACAUGGUCCAUUCGAAUUUUGGCUAGUCUUCUUAUUCUUCAGUGUUCCGUGGACCCCUUGCUGGCAACAGGAGUUUUAAUAUGUGGAAUAGUGGCUUCAUCAAUGUUGAGAAAAAUCUUUAAGUUCAGAUUUCUUCGUCGCCUAUUCAAGAAUUUAUUCAAAUCACCAAAGAAAAUACCCAAGAAAUCUCAUAUCUCUGAUAUGCCACAUUUGGAUGAUUCUGAUGAUGAAUGCACGUUGAAGACUACCCCGCUUUACAAAGAACCCAGGUUCUUUGGAUCCCAAAAUAAGAAGUUCUUACUUCAGCCCUGCCAUUCUUCUAAACAUAGCGAUGUGUAUCCUUCAACGUUCCAUUCCACUUCUGAACGUAGAAAUUUUUCAAAGGAUGAGUGGGAAAAGUUCACCAAGGACUCAACUAAAAAGGCUUUGGAAGGACUAGUUUCUUCACCAGAUUUUAGCAGUUGGCUUGUUGAUAGAGCAGAUAGAAUCAGCAUAACUCCCCAAAGCAUUAGAGCUGAGAAGCGUCGAAAGUGGCUCCAUUGGUUCUGAUCGGUUCUAGGUCGAUUACAAUGCUACUGUGUGAGAGCUGAACCGGUGAUCUACAAAAAACUGGAAGCAGCAUCAGAUGAUAUUGCACUUUUGAGAGCCUAUGUAGGAGAUAGACCAACAUGGAGGAAUCCCCAGCAUCCAUGGAGAGUGGAUCCUAGGUUCA